AUGACAAUCUCUUGGAGGAGACCCCCGUCGCAGUGGCUCAUGCUCAAUACGGAUGCCAGUGUCAGCCACGGCCGGGCUUACGGGGGAGGUUUGGUGUGCGACUCUAAUGGCAGGCUAAUCCUCGCUUUCUACAAGGAGUUUGGUGAGUUGGAUGUACUAUCGGCAGAGAGCUCCUCACUGUUGUAUGGACUCCAGCGGUGCUCGGAAGGAUUCACGGGGCGUCUACUGGUGCAGGUGGACUCGGAAAAUCUAGUUCGAUUGCUCAAGUCAUCAGCUAUAGCCAAGUGGCCGCUCUGCAACACGAUCAGGAGCAUACGAGCAUUGCUUCUCCGCUUUUCGGCCUCGGUCCAACAUAUAUAUAGGGAGGCGAAUUCCUCUGCUGAUAUGCUAUCUAAGCUGAGGCUUCCAUCGGAGUUAUUUUGUACCUUUCAAUACCAACUUCCAGGGAGGAUUCGGGCGGCUCUGAGUCUGGAUUGUCGAGAGUUUUGCUAUGUACGCAUGCAGGUGGACAAAGGGUAG